CGGUAACUACAUGGUGGUUUCGUUAGAGCAUAUCGCGGUAAACCUAUAUUGCGGUAUGACAUACCGCGAUAAAAUGCGGUUUAUUUCGCACACCGCGGUCUCCAAAGAUAUAACCGCGCUCAUUAUCAAAAAACCGCGUCUAACAGCGGUAUCUACUUAAAUAUUUUUCCGUGGGUAUUGAAGGUAAAGAGCACUUCGACAUUAUGUUUAGACUGUUGAAGAGAAGGAAAUAUAAAGAAUAUCGUUGGAGUUUCUAUUCUUUUUACUUGAUGAACGGUAGUUAAUAACGGCAAGCAUGCAUGUUAAAGUUUAGAGAACUUGAAUGCUGCACUUGAAAGAAUCCAUACAACGAAAAUAAUCUCUCUGAUUGAUAAAUUCUACUAAAAAAAAUGACUCCAACAACUAAAAAUUCGGACUCUCUACAGAAUACAGAUCAUAACGAUCCAUUUUCACAUCACUUUAACUGUCACUGCCAAUUACUUCACUAAUGCCUUUUAAAGUUUCACUAAUGAGGAAUCUAUACUUUAUUAUGUGAUGAAACAAAUACUUAUUACAAAACAUCAACACUACUGACAGAAAAGUUUUACGUUCGACAGCGAACCAUUUUAUCGAAAAACAUCUUAUAAUAUCUAUCAGAGAAUCAUUACAUAGAAUAUGAAAAGUUUAUAUCAUAUAUCAAGUAUUAAAAUUUGUUCCUAAUAUUUAAAUAUUUUAGUAUAACACUAAAGUAAGUCAUUCAAUAUUUGUGAAAUGUUAUCGAUGAUCAUUGAUAUAUUUGUUUUCAUUAGAUAUUGUUGCGGUUCAUUUUCUUUUUAACAUAGACGCUCAAGAAUUUGAACUUAGUACGUCAGAACAUUAAAAAACAAGGCGCAAAAUAUCUGUAUUAUGCACUACGAAACAACAAAGUGACUAUCAGACCUAUUCACUACUGGAAGAAAUUUUAUUCAUUGUUACAUUAUAGACAAUUCGGCGUGUUCGACUAGAUUGCAAUGCCUUAGGUGAAGAAGGUGCACAGUUCAUUGGUGAAGUCUUAAGAAAAAAUAAGACACUGACUUGCAUUAGUCUAAGAGACAAUCAAAUCGGAGCUAAUGGAGCAUACUAUUUGAGUAAUGGAUUGAAAGGAAAUUCGACGAUUCGUAAUAUUGAUCUAGAAAAUAAUGGAAUCGGAGAGGAUGGUGCAAUUUGUAUAGCUGAAGUGAUCGCAUCUAUUAAGACACUUACUGGACUCAAUCUUGGGAAAAAUCAAAUUGGAAUCCGUGGAGCAGAAUAUUUGAGCAAUGUAUUACAACAAAAUAUGAUAGUCAGCCAUAUUUGUCUAGAAGACAAUCAGAUCUGUGACGAAGGUGUACGAUUUCUAGCUGAAGCUUUAAAAAAUCAUACGACACUUGUAUCACUUCACCUUGGAAGCAAUAAAAUCGGAAUCAACGGAAUAGAAUAUCUAAGCAAUGUAUUACGAAACAACACGAAAAUUCGUCAUAUUUAUCUAGAAAAUAAUGAAAUAGCCGAUGAAGGUGUACGGUUUCUUGCUGAAGCUUUAGCCAAUAAUGAAAAGUUAAAUAUACUCGAUCUCAGAUAUAAUAAGAUUGGAGACCAAGGAGCUCUUUGCGUGGGAGAAGCUUUACGAGAGCACAUGGCAUUAAGAGUAUUAAAUCUUAGUUCCAAUGAAAUCAGUGCAGCAGCUGCGGAUCAUUUCUAUCAAUUUUUUCAAAAUAAAAAUAAAACCAUCGAAUUAGAUCUUCGAUCUAAUCAAAUUGGAGAUAAAGGAGCCAAAUACAUUGCUGAUGCUUUACAAAAUAAUACUACUCUUAUGCAACUUGAUCUAAGAUCAAAUAAUAUUGAAGACAAGGGAGUAGAAGAUCUCUUCGAUGCUUUGAAAAAUAAUAAAACUUUGAAGAAGCUUCGUCUUACUGGCAAUCGAGAUGGUCGUUUUAUUGCCCUUGAAACAGCUGUUUGCAUUAGAAGUCAGAAGAAUUUCAAGCAACUGCUAUUGUCAUCAAAUCGAAUUGGGAACAAUGGAGUUCGAUAUCUGACCGAAGCAUUACGACAUAACUCGAUUAUUUCGACAAUUGAUCUGUCAGGCAAUCAAAUCGAUGAUAAAGGAUUACACUAUUUGACUGAUUUCUUAAAAAACAAUACGUCUGUUCAUAUAUUAAAAUUAAAUAUAAAUUCUAUUACCAAUAUGGGAGCAACAUAUAUAGCAGAAAUGUUGAAUGGCAACAAGACAAUUACUGUACUCGAACUCAAUUCAAAUAAAAUUCAGGAUAAGGGAAUAGAAAAUCUUGCUGAUGUUAUUAUAAAAAAUAAAACACUUAAAACACUAAGUUUAACGAAAAAUCCAAGUGUUUUAGCUGUAGCAUUAGAGAAAUUUGUAGACCUACAACAAAAUAAGACUAUUACUGGAUUAGAACUCUGUAACUGCAAUAUUGGAGAGGAAGGGAUGAAAUAUAUUGCUGAUGCAUUGAAUUAUAAUAAGGCAUUAAUUGAAAUCAAUCUUGAGGGCAAUCAGAUUGGAAAUACAGGAGCUCAAUAUCUAGCUGAUGUCUUAGAACACUAUCCAACUCUCGUUCGACUGAACCUUGAAGACAAUGGAAUCGAUGGUCAAGGAGCUCAAUAUUUAGCGAAUGUUUUAGAAACUAUUUUAGUACUUAAAGAAUUAAAUCUUACUAAGAAUAUAAUUGGAGAACAAGGAGCGAAAUAUCUUGCCGAUGCACUGACUACGUCAAAGACAUUAAUCAGAUUGGAUCUUGCCGAUAAUCGAAUUGGAAAGGAAGGAGCACUGUAUUUGACUAAAGCAAUAGAACAUAAUCAAACUCUCACUUCACUUUCACUUGAAAAUAACUGUAUUGGAAACCAAGGAGCCCAAUAUUUAGCUCAUGCUUUAGAAACCAAUAUAGUACUUACCAGUUUCGAUCUCGGAAAAAAUCAGAUUGGAAAUGAAGGAGCAAAUUGUUUCUUCAAUGCACUCAAAAAGAACACGAAUCUGAAAAAUCUACAUCUGAAUGAUGAUAAAAUUACUGAUGGUAAAACUGUUUCAGCUAUACUGAGAUUGUUGGAUUGUACCAACGACUGUCUUUGGCUCGACUUUUAUAGAAUGGAAGACAAUUUAAUCGAAUUGUUGUCAUCUGUUUUACAAAGAAAUAAAACCAUUAAACAUAUCUCUCUUAUCACAAAUAAAAUAGGUGAUAGAGGUGCACAAGUUUUAGCUUCAUUAAUAAAAGAUUCUAAGAUGCUCAUCAGCUUAGAUCUUAGAUCAAAUCUUAUUGGAGAUCAAGGAGCUGGUUAUCUAGCCGAUGCUUUGAUGAAUAAUACAACACUGACUAAACUUAAACUUCGUGGAAAUGAAAUCGGACCGUCGGGCACAAAAUAUUUGAUAGAUGCUCAACAAAAUCGAACAACACCUAUUCAACUAGAACUUAACGGUACGCUGAAAUUGCAAUGUCCAUGGGGGCAUCGUCUUGAACUAUGGAAUUCGAGUAUGCGUAAGGAAAUGUCUGAGAAAAAGUUUAAACGUCGACGUGCAUCAGUGAAAAUUGAAUGUGACAUAUGUUCGAAAAAUUCUCAUCUUUCAUGGUAUUGCCCUUGUUCAAUGAAAGGAUUCGACAUUUGUGAAGAAUGUGCAAAGAGAAACGAUUAA